GCGUCCUGACUUGCUGCACCGUCCUCUGUGGGUGGUGCCUGUGCGGCCGGGACCUGUUCUUUCUCUGUGGCUGGAGCCAUGAUUAGUUGCUCAGUCUUGGCCCUUGCUGAUGCACAAAUGGGACCAGGCCACCGCAAGCAUUCUCUCUAGUCUCAGCGUCACUUCUGACUAGCUUCGCUUUUUACCCGGGCCAUAGAAUACUUUGACACUGCCGGCCUAAUCUGCCAGGGUGGAACCGGGCUACGAGCAAUUUGAGCUGGUCAGGUGGUGGAGGGCAGCUCCACAGAUGGGCAUCAGCAACUGUGCGCAGCCUGCUUGAUCUGGGGUCACCAGCAUUGAACCGCAGGUUGAGCUGCCAAAACUGAGCUCCGGUACACUCAGCUCCAAGCCGUCGGCAUAAUAGGAGCAGCGCCAUCAAAAUAGCUGGCAGAGAGCACCACCAUUGAAGCUGCAUUACGAGCUGCGGGCAAUGGCUUCCAAUUUGCAUUUCCACUGGGAAAGCGGCUCAUCAGCAUCUGAAGAAUCCCAAGGCGAGGACAUUCAAGGUGUUGAGUACGCUGCUCGAUCUGUUGAUGGGUCCAAGUCCGGACGUUCUCUAGAGAGUUUCUUGAAUGAUGAAGACUCCGCAAGCAUCCAAGGCCCGAACUUCUACCGGGCACUCACGAAUGAAAACAGUCUCAGCCCAGCUCAACUACCGAAAGAUCUUGAGAAGAGCAAGAAGAGCCGGGCUCCGGGGUUCUCGCCUACCUCUCCGUUCCCUUGGACCUCCGGCAGCGCUUUCAAGAAGGGAUUCAGCACACCACCACCAUGCAUACGCAAGGUGGCUCCGUCUUGCCGCCCCUUAGUUGAGCAGCAGCACGGCAGUGUGGGCAAGAGGUUGUCAGGCGAAGCUUCACUCGAAGAGGACCUCGGCCCCAUGAUAUUGACAGGGCAAGCGCUUGACAGGAAGCGUCGCCGCAUCAUCUUCUCGCAAGAUUCUGAGGAAAGGCAUCUGCUGCUGUCCCCACGACUGCACUUCCAGAGGAAGUGGGCCCUCGAGUCGGAUUCGCAGCGCGUGCUCUUGGAUGCAACCAGGAGCAGACAGUUGUCGACGAGCAAGCCCAGGUAUAUCGAUUGCUCGACUGUGCAUAGUACUUAGCAGGUCUUUAGUAGGGGCCUGAAAUUUUAGGGUAAUGCCUUCGGUUGUUCAAGCGUCCGAUGCUUGUUCCUGAAAAAUGAUAGACACACUAAUGGACCUGAGGCAAUCAAACCUUUUCCAUCAACUUUCAGCUUCUAAGUAGC